CUUUCAAUCAAUCAAAAUCAAUUCAAUAAAAUCCCACUCAUUCUUCUUCUAUCCACAAUCAUCGUUCCAUUUGUCCUGAGAGAGAAAGAACCGAUCUGAUCAACAAACACAAUGUCGUACAUUAGUGGAAGAAGACGCGGCGGCGACGACACCGUCGACGACUGGGACGAGUACGAUCCCACCCCUUACGGCGGCGGCUACGACAUCACCCUCACCUAUGGCCGUCCCUUCCCUCCCUCCGAUGAGACCUGCUACCCAAUCUCCGGUUCCUCCGAGGACUUCGACUACGAUCGCCCUCAAUACUCCGCUAACUCCGAACCCUCCGCUUACGGCGACGAGGCCCAAGCCACCGAGUACAGCAGCUAUGCCCGCCCUAAGCCCCGUCCUGCCCCCGCCGGCGGAGCCUCUGGAUACACCGGAGGAUCGGGUUAUGAUCGGCCAUCUUCGGAAUACGGCAGAAGACCCGACAAUGAGGAUUCCGGGUCAGGAUACGGAUCCGGUUAUGGUAGGAAGCCAUCAUCUGAAUACGGAUCUGGAUAUGGUGGUAACAAGCAAGAGUCUGAAUAUGGAUCCGGCUAUGGUAGGAAGCAAGAGUCUGAAUAUGGAUCCGGUUAUGGUAGGAAGCAAGAAUCUGAAUAUGGUUCUGGCUAUGGUGGUAACAAGGAAGAGUCAGAAUAUGGAUCCGGUUAUGGCAGGAAGCAAGAAUCUGGAUAUGGUUCUGGCUAUGGUGGUAACAAAGAAGAGUCUGAAUAUGGUUCCGGCUAUGGUAGGAAGCAAGAAUCUGAAUAUGGAUCUGGCUAUGGUGGUAACAGACAAGAGUCUGAAUAUGGAUCUGGUUAUGGUAGGAAGCAAGAGUCCGAAUAUGGAUCCAGCUAUGGUGGUAGGAAGGAAGAGUCUGAGUAUGGAUCAGGUUAUGGUAGGAAGCAAGAAUCUGAAUACGGAUCAGGUUAUGGUGGUAGAAAGGAGGAAUCAGAAUAUGGUUCUGGUUAUGGUGGUAGGAAGGAAGAGUCACAAUACGGUUCUGGUUAUGGUGGUAGCAAGCAGGAGUCGGAAUAUGGUUCUGGCUAUGGUGGUAGGAAGCAGGAGUCUGAGUAUGGAUCCUCUGAGUAUGGAUCGGGAUAUGGUGGUGGUAGGAAGCAGGAAUCUGAGUAUGGAUCCUCCGAGUAUGGAUCCGGGUACGGUGGCAGCCGGAAACAGGAAUCUGAAUAUGGAUCCGGGUACGGUGGUGGACGGAGACAGGAAUCUGAAUAUGGGAGGAAGAAUGAGGAGGAGAAUGUGGGUUAUGGGACGAGUGAGUAUGAGGAGAAGCCAAGCUAUGGUUAUGGCCGCUCUGAGGAAGAGGGGUACCGUAAGCCCAGCUAUGGCAGCGAAGAGAGCUACGGACGCAAGAAAUAUGGAGAUGACUCUGAUGAUGAUGAUGAUGAGAAGAAGAAGCAUCGCAACAGGCAUCAUCAUCGCCAUGGUGAUGAUUAAAUCAAAAUACCUGUGGUCACUUUGUGAAUGGAGGUCAUCCCAUAGUUCCCUACUAAAUAAAGGGUUGACCCAUUAUUGUGUCACUUUUCAGUGUGUUUUGGCUGUUACUGUGAUUUCUUGAGCUUUGAAGAAUUGUUUGCCUAUAUUAAAUGUGUUCUCUUUUGGCUUUCUUGUUCUCAACUUACAUAUAAAAUCAUGAUGAUAAUAUAUUAUAUAGACCUAAUGUUUGAGUUUGGUGUUA